CUCGGGGAAGCCGCUCGGCCGGGGCCCAGGAGAUGCCCUUCUCCAGCGGGGCGCUACCAGGAUGCUCCAAGCAGGAGGUGACGUCCCAGUGGGGGGGACACGAGGAGAAGAGCUGAGACACGGAGGAGCUCUCCUGCGUUUAGCAUGUUCGGGGGGAGAGAGGGGGCUGCAGGUUGACCUUCCCAUCCCCUAAGUCCCCCUCUGCCCAUCCCUAGCCCAUGGGUGCCCCCCUCCCCGCCCUCCCCUCCUCCUUCAACUCCAGCGCCGAGGAAGCCGAGCCGGAGGCAGUGCUGAGCCGGAUAUGCAGCGACUCCCCGCAUCCCUCCUUGGCAGAGCGCGGUGACGCCGCGGCAGCCACCACGGAGAGGACACAGGACCCCCCCUUGGGCCCGCCAUGCCCCUUUGAGGGGGUGGCCUGGACCCCGAGACCCCCGCAAGGCCCCCCGCAGGGCUGCUUCGCCUGCAUCGCCAAGCCCCCAGCUCUCCGGCAAGCUUCACCCGUCCUGUCUCCUUCUUCUGCCGUUUAUCUCAUGGAGAGCAAGAGCUGCAAAGGGGACAGCCUGCGGCCAGCGGUCCCGUGCAAGCACUCGGUGGAGAAGAAGACGAUGACCAACCCCACCACUGUCAUCGAAAUCUACCCUGACACCACCGAGGUGAACGACUACUAUCUCUGGUCCAUCUUCAACUUUGUAUACCUCAACUUCUGCUGCCUCGGCUUCAUCGCCUUGGCCUAUUCAUUGAAAGUCCGGGAUAAGAAACUCCUCAAUGACUUAAAUGGAGCAGUUGAAGAUGCCAAGACAGCCCGGCUUUUUAACAUCACCAGCUCAGCCCUUGCCACCUUCUGUAUCAUCCUUAUCUUCAUCUUCCUGCGAUACCCUCUCACUGACUACUGAGUGAGGCCAACAGCAGCUGCCGCCGCCAAAAUGCCUCUACGCCAGAAGUGUCUGCAGUUUCUUGUAGCAAGGACACACAAAAAAACCAACCACCACACCUUGAUUGCCAAAAGAAAAAGAAAAAAGGUCAAUUAAAUACAUAAAUAAAAGUUAAAUUAGUUCAUCAGCCCAGCUGAGCAUACCCUUCUUGCCCUGAAAUGGUAUGUGAACAGCUGAAGGAAAAGGUCUCACUCUUACACAUGUACAGGAAGAAAAAUAGACCAAACAAUAUUUGGUUUAUGGCCAACAAGCUGUGUGAAAAGAGCGUGCAAAGCCCAGAGCUACGCACACUUAGUAGCAGACAGCUGAGCUCUAGGGAGCAGUGGGGUCCUGUGGAGCUGGAGACACAUACAGUGAUGGAUGGGGAUCAUGGCAGGGCUGGCUCACAACAUAUCAGGUGUGUUCAGACCGCCCCACUACCCCCAGCUUGUGGGGGUUUCUUUUCCUUUUUUCUCUUGAAUUUCAUCCACUGGUUCAACAACUCCCAACCCCUGGAGAGCUGAAGGUGUUAGGAAGUUCAUGCUGGGGAGUCCCAAAGCCUCCAGAGAAACCCUGAAGUGUUAAAGGGCAGGUUUCUCCCUGGGAUUUCCUAGCAGUGCUGAGAAGGAAGGCACCUUCUGGAGAACUCACCUAAGACACCUAAGUGGAGUGCUACUGUAUUUCUCUAAACAGUCAAUAAAAAGAUACCUCUGAUAUGUGA